UCCCAGCCCGUCGGUUGCCCAGGUUUCUGUUCCUCAGCCAUCCUCAGAUGUCCCGAGCAAGGCCAGGCAAACAUUGCUGAUAACUCCACUUCCAGGUUGCUCUGCCAAGGCCGGGGCCGUUGAACGCCGGGCCCAGACGAGCUCCCCGUGCUUGUCUGUGAACCCUGGCAGCGACACCUGCCCGCUGCGGCCCCGGUGCCAUGGUACAGCCGGGCUAAUGACUCUGUUUAUCCUGUUUGGGUAAUCCUGAUAAGGCCUSCACUCCUCCCGCCGCCGGUUCAUUGAGAAAACGGCCGUUGAGGCUCGUUUGGCCAAUCAGCCCGGGGACAGCGGGGUUGGUUGGGUGCUUUAAUGAGGGCUGCUUAAUCAGGCCGGUCAAGGCUGUGCAGGGCUGUUCACUGAGCCGGCCUUAUAAGAGCUGCCUGGAGCAGCCACGGGCUGGAGGACGGGCACRAASCAGCCYGUGAGGAGAUUUUGGAAGGGAUUUYACSUCUCUGUCUCUCCAGCCAGCUGAAUUUCUGGAGGAUUUCAGCGAGGAUCUGGCUCGGCCAUGAGCAGCAGCGUGGAUACRGAGUGUGAGCAGUGCCAGUGCCACAGCAAGGACAAGCACCCUGCCAUCCUGUACACCCUCCUGAGCCAGAACCUGCGGCCCGGCGGGGCCCGGCAGCGCUGCCUGUGCCUGCAGCACCGCACCGUGUGCCUGCGUACGCCACACCUCACCUGCCAGGCCGCCUCUGAUGUGCUGCUCAAAACCAUCAGCUUCGUGAGGAACGUGGCUGCUUUCCACCUGCUGCCKCGGGAGGAUCAGCUGCUGCUGCUGGACAGCUGCUGGGUGCCCCUGUUCCUGCUGGGGCUGGCGCAGGAGAUGGUGACCGUCGAGGUGAUGGAGGCCCCGGCCCCCAGCAUGCUCAAGAAAAUCCUCCUGAGCGGCCAGAGCCAAGGGCAGGAGCCCGAGGGGACACAGCCCACCUUGGCUGCAGUGCAGCAGCUGCAGUGGUGCCUCARCACCUUCUGGAAGAUGGAGCUGAGCCCCAGYGARUACACCUACCUGAGGGGRGCUGUUCUCUUCGACCCAGACAUCCCUGGACUGAGAGCUCCACUCUACAUCAAGAGCCUGCAGGGGGAAGCCCAGCGAGCCCUUCAGGAGCUGCACCCCCAGGACCAGGSCCGCUUUUCCCGGAUUUUACAGCUCACCUGCUCCCUAAAAUCCAUCCCUGCCUCCUUCAUCACGGAUCUGYUCUUCCGGCCCGUCAUCGGGAACACGGACAUGCGGGAGCUGCUGCUGGAGAUGCUGUUUGAGGUGACGGGCUGGCCACAGGCCCCGUGGCUGCCCCUGCCCUGCUGAGCCCCAGGGGCAGGAAUUUGGGACAGAAAUGCUCCAGACUCUGUGGGAACUCUGAGUUUCACUGGGGCCGAAGCAGCUGUGGCUCAGCAGAUUUUACAGUCUCCAGUGCAGGGAGUGUGUGUGGGUGAGGGCUCUGCUCUCAGUUUUUSCUCAUUUUGCUGUGAACUCCAAGCAUGAGGGUUUGUCCUCAGCUCCAUUCUGUGGUGUCCAGUGGCUGCAGUGGGAUCACUGACCGAGGGCAAACAUUGUGGAGUUAGCUCCAGGAAUGAUUUCCGUGCUUGAAAUCUUAGAAAAAGUCACCAAAUACCUUCAGGGGAAAUGCCAGUGUUAAAUCCCACUGGCUGUGCAGACUCACCCCUCUUUUCCUUAGAUUCUGUCUUUCCUCCAUAAUUCCAUGAARUACAACAGGACUAAGAGCACUUCAACAUACUGCACUUCAUUUGGGCUUUCUGUUGAUGUGCAAAGUGAAUCCUGAGAGGAGCUGGUUUAGUGGGAGAUCCAAACCUCCUUCCCUGGAGUUAGAGCCAGGUGCACACCUGCAAAACUUGCUCCUCUUGCCUCCAGCAGAUGAGGUGUCAGUAUUCUACAAGUGAACAUUCGUGUGGUUUGUACAUAAGAUGCAGUAAAUUAUUUUUUUAAUAAAACGUUUGAUGUUUUGAAAUGCAGUGGUGCCUUUUUAGCAAUGGUGUUGGAUUUGGGGUGGG